AUGAGCUCGCCAGUAUUAUUGAAAAAUUCCAUCGGUCGCUUGUCUUCUGACCAACUAUUGCUCCGAGCUUUAGGUCUACAUUCACUUUCCAGCAUUCGAUUGUAUUCUUCCCGUUGCAAUUAUCCAUUAACUCCGGGCUUACAUCAUAAUUUGAAUUCAAAAACUGUUAAUUUACCAUUAAUAGCGUCUUUUAUAAGAUAUAAUUCAUCAACUUCUAAAAACCCAAUAAAGAAUAAUGAAGACCAAAUUAAGAAUGCUGAGUUAAUAAAGAGAGAUCCUACCUCUGGACAACCAGCAAAACCCGAAUCAAAUCAAUCCUUAAUUAGCCCAUCCACUAACCCCGAAGAUUCUUCUAAUACAGCAGUGGAAGAAACUGAAAAGAAAAAAACUAUUUGGGAAAAGGUUAAGCAUGAAGCUCAACAUUAUUGGAGUGGUACUAAAUUAUUAGGAUACGAAAUAAAAGUUUCUACUAAAUUGUUAUUUAAAGUGGCUGCUGGUUAUGGUUUAUCAAGAAGAGAAACUGCUCAAUUAGGUAGAACCAUUGUUGAUGUUAUUAGAUUAGUACCAUUUUCAAUGUUUAUUUUGGUUCCAUUUGCUGAAUUAUUAUUACCAAUUGCCCUUAAACUCUUUCCUAAUUUAUUACCAUCAACUUAUGAAUCGAAAUCCGAUCGUAAAGCUAAAAGAGCUAAAUUAUCGAAAACAAGAGUUUCAACUUCGGAUUAUAUAAAGAAAACUAUGGAAGAAAGUGGUUUGAAAUUGUCUAAAAAAAUUACUGAACAAGAAAGAGAAGCUUUUGUUUCAUUCUUCCAUACUAUUUCAAUGGGUAAAAGUCCAACAAAUGAACAUUUAAUUCAAGUUGCGAGAUUAUUCAAAAAUGAUCAAGUUUUAGAUAACUUAUCAAGACCUCAAUUAGUGGCAAUGGCUAAAUAUAUGUCUUUAAGACCUUUUGGUAGUGAUUCGAUUUUACGUUAUCAAAUUAGACAUCGUUUAUUAACUAUUAUUAAAGAUGAUAAAGCAAUUGAUUAUGAAGGGGUUGAAUCUUUAACUGUUCCGGAAUUACAAAUGGCUUGUCUGCAAAGAGGUAUCAAAUCUAUCGAUGUCUCUCCUGGUAGAUUAAGAGAAGACUUAGCUACUUGGUUAGAUCUAAGAUUAAGACAAAAAAUCCCUUCUACUUUAUUAAUUUUAGCAUCUACUUAUACUUAUGGUGAUCAUGGUCGUACCAUCGAAACUUACUAUGAUGCUUUGUUGGCAGUAUUAUCUUCCAUUCCUGAUGAAGUUUAUAAUGUUGCUAAAUUAGAAUUAUCUGAUGAUUCGAAAUUGAAAUUGAAUAUCUUGAAGGAACAAGAAGAAUUGAUUAAUGAAGAAAACUACAGAGAGAAAGAUACUGUUAAUAAAGUCAGAGAUGAAAUUAACUUGGAUGAAUAUGAAGACACUGCCAGUGAAGGUAUGAAGAUUGAGUAUGAAGAUGAUAAAUCCGAAACCAAAAAUGUUAAAAAAACUGAAGGUGUAAAACAAAAUGAAGGAAAAGAAAAAUAA